CCCUCCUACCCCACCAGACCCCAGCCACAAAUUCCUGGCUUGCUUCUUCCAAACUUCAUUAAGCCCCAGGGAUGGCUCUGCAGGAUGUGUGCAAGUGGCAGUCCCCUGACACUCAGGGACCAUCACCUCACCUGCCUAGGGCUGGCGGCUGGGCUGUGCCCCGGGGCUGUGACCCUCAAACCUUCCUGCAGAUCCAUGGCCCCAGACUGGCCCAUGGCACUACCACCCUGGCCUUCCGCUUCCGUCAUGGAGUCAUUGCUGCAGCUGACACCCGUUCCUCCUGUGGCAGCUAUGUGGCGUGUCCAGCCUCAUGCAAGGUCAUCCCUGUGCACCAGCACCUCCUGGGUACCACCUCUGGCACCUCCGCCGACUGUGCUACCUGGUAUCGGGUAUUACAGCGGGAGCUGCGGCUUCGGGAACUGAGGGAGGGUCAGCUGCCCAGUGUGGCCAGUGCUGCCAAGCUCUUGUCAGCCAUGAUGUCUCGAUACCGGGGACUGGAUCUCUGUGUGGCCACUGCCCUGUGCGGCUGGGACUGCUCUGGCCCUGAGCUCUUCUACGUCUAUAGCGACGGCACCCGCCUGCAGGGGGACAUCUUCUCUGUGGGCUCUGGAUCUCCCUAUGCCUACGGUGUGCUAGACCGUGGCUAUCGCUACGACAUGAGCACCCAGGAAGCCUAUGCCCUGGCUCGCUGCGCCGUGGCCCACGCCACCCACCGUGAUGCCUAUUCAGGGGGAUCUGUAGACCUUUUCCACGUGCGGGAGAGUGGAUGGGAGCAGGUGUCACGCAGUGAUGCCUGUGUGCUGUACAUGGAGUUACAGAAGCUCCUGGAGCCAGAGCCAGAGGAGGAUGCCAGCCAUGCCCAUCCUGAGCCUGCCACUGCCCCCAGAGCUGCAGAAGAUAGAGAGCUCUCUGUGGGGCCAGGGGAGAUGAUACCAGGAGACUCCGGGAUGCCAGCAGGGACUGAGACAGUGUGAGAAGCAGGACUUGGUUGGGGGUGGUGUAGGCCUGGGGGGCGGGUGGGAGGAUGGGCAGCAGGGGGAGGGUCUCCCUGGCAGCAGCCUCACAGCGUCUGACUCUAGCCUGUAUGGGUUGCUGGCUUCAUUUAUUGCAAGUCUCCGUCCUUUCAUGACUCCCAGAGCUAUUAUGGCUCUGCCCAACAAGUUCCUAUUGA